GGGAAGUCCCAGGAAUAAUCUUAAUAUUACAGAAAGCCUGGAAUGGAAGAUAUUUCUUUCAAAGCUUUUUGGGGAAGAGAUACUGAUAAAAAAAUAAAAAUGACACCGAAAGAAAAUUCCUCAAGAAAUGUAAUCUGAAUGUUGUGAUAAGUGAAUUCUGGUUAAGGAUGAAGUGGCAAUUUGAGAUGUGGUUUAAGGAUGUAAAAUUUCAGAGUAUUAGAAGAGGUCUGAUGUUAGAAGAGCAAGAUUGAGCUUUAAUUUCAAGAAUAGCCUGGAAAUUUUGACUAAAGGUGAAAUCAAGGCAUAAGUUCAAAAGCUACUAGAUUACUUGGGAAAAUUUACAAUUUGGGCCUUGAAAGUGAAAUAGAAACUGCAAGGUUGCUGGUCCAGUUAGAAGAACCAUAGAGCUAAAUAUGAAAGAUUUCUUUAGGAACACAUUUAAUGCCUAAAAAGAUAGGGUACGUUUACGGGUUAGCAAGGUGACGUAAGAUGAAGCAGAGCAGUUAACUAUGUACGAGCUGAUAAGUUGCCAGAAUCAGGCAAUAAUUAUUAGAAUAAGACAGGAACUAGAAUCAGGUGGAGGUGGACAUUGUCUGGAAAGAGGUCUGAAAAAUGGGCUAGCAGAGGAACAGCACUGCAAGGGUAUCCAGAGCUAAUACUCUGGGGCCCAGAGAAGUGGUGUGCUCCCCGACUUGGUGUUUUAUCAGCUGAAGCACGGCUGACCGCACCGCAGAAAUCUGGGUAUGAGGCACUGUCAUGUGACAUUAUGCCUUAGGGGCCAGGUAGAUCACACAAGACGGGAGUAGGCUGAGAUUUCUCUGCUGUGAGAAAAGCCAACACUUGGUCUCAGUGUGGGGAAACCACAGGAAGUGCCAGUGCAUGUGAUGAGGUAGGAGAGAAACCUGGAUGGUGUCUCGACAUUGAGGUAAUGCCAACAUUGUGUUAAAUGUUGCUGAGAGUUGCAACAAAAUGAGAACAGAAAAGUGAGCACUGGAUUUAACAACUACCAAUUAAUAACUACCCCAAUCAAUAAAUAUUCUUCUAUAAUAUCUAUUUGAAUGGCUGCAUAGAAUCCCAUUGCAUGGCUGUACCAAAAUCCGCUCAACCAGUCCCACUGUUGAAUUCUUAGCUUCUUCCCAAACUUUUAGAAUCAUGAUGUUUCUUGAGCAUGCUCUCAAAGUUGGAAUUGCUGGAUCAAAAAAAGUAUGCACGUUCUAAAGGCUUUUUAUACAGCUACCAAACUACUCUCUAGAAAGGUUUUAUUAAUAUAAUUCUACCACCCCAAGGAAAUAGAGUAAUUGUUUUUAAAAAAAGCCUUUUCCAUUCUGAUAGGUGAUAUGUAGUAUCUUAUAUUUGCAUUUUUAUUAUUAACGAAGUCAUAUGUUUACUGAUCAUUGGCUAUUUAUGAAUAGCCUGCCCAUAAUAUCUCUUGCACCAAAUGAGAGUUGUAAACAGGGCAAAUUGGUGAAAUAUCUAGAAGACUGAAAUGCUGGUUUAGCGAAGUGAAUAAAGCAUAUAAAGUUGUUAGAAUCACAGCUUGUGAAUGUAUUAGCUUUGUAACUUUCGUCAGGUAACUUCUCAGGUCCCAUCUUCUUAUCUGUGAAAUGGGGAUUAGGUCUACCUUGAAGUGUUGUGAACAAUGGAUAACGUACAUGAUGCUGUUAAUUAUGACAAUUAUUCAGAUGGUUAUUUUGCAGAGGUAACUGCACCAUGGCACAGGAAUCUAAAAAAUGCAUAAUGUUGGUUUGAAGAAACUAAGGCUAUUUCUGAUAUUUCCGUCACCCCUAUUCCUGCCCCUCCUCCCGGGUGUUGGUGGUGUCACUAUGGCAACGAGCACACGCUGCCCGAGGCUCAGUUCUCUGGCGGUUACAGACCUCCACCGCCUCACUCUCCGCAGACCAGCGACUCUACGACGCGUUCCUCCCACUCGGCCUCAGAUUCAUCUCCCUUGGCCCCUGGGCAAGGAGCCGAGGGGCAGCAUGGCCAAGGCGGCAGCCUCUUCGCCGCUGGAAGACUUGGACCUGAGCGGAGAGGAGGUCCAGCAGCUCACCUCCGCCUUCCAGGACCCGGAGUUCCGGCGAAUGUUCUCCGAGUACGCCGAGGAGAUUACGGACCCCGAGAACCGGCGGCGCUACGAGGAGGAGAUCACGGCCCUGGAGCGUGAGCGCGGAGUGGAGGUGCGGUUCGUGCACCCGGAACCGGGCCACGUGUUGCGCACCAGCCUGGAUGGGACCCGGCGCUGCUUCGUGAACGUGUGCAGCAACGCUCUGGUAUGCGCGCCCAGCAGCCGGCCCGGCUCCAGGGGCGCGGCAUCCGGCAGCCAGUGGUCCCUGCCCUACAGCCUGGCGCCGGGCCGCGAGUACGCUGGGGGCCGCGGAAGCCGCUACACCGUCUACGACGUGGUCUUCCACCCAGACGCGCUCGCGCUGGCCCGACGCCAUGAGCGCUUCCGCCAGAUGCUGGACGCCACGGCCCUGGAGGCCGUGGAGAAGCAGUUCGGCGUGAAGUUGGACCGCAGGAAUGCCAAGAUCCUGAAGGUCAAGUACAAGGGGACCCCGGAGGCCGCCGUGCUACGCACGCCCUUGCCCGAGGGCUCCCCGGCCCGGCCCGAUGGGGAGCCGGAGAGCCCUCUCCCCGAUUUCCCCUACCCCUACCGGUACCCGGAGGCCGCCGGGAGCGCUGCGAUCCCCAGGCCCCAGGCGCCCUCCCCUCCGGAGGCCGUCCUGCAGCCCGCCCCCACCGAGCCUAGCUACAGCGUGGUGCAGCGCCACCACGUGGACCUCCAGGAUUACCGCUGCUCUCGGGACUCGGCCCCUAGUACUGUGCCCCAGGAGCUGGUGGUCACCAUCGAGCUGCCGCUGCUGCGCUCGGCCGAGCAGGCGGCGCUGGAAGUGACGGGAAAGCUGCUGUGCCUCGACUCGAGGAAACCCGACUACCGGCUGCGGCUCUCGCUCCCGUACCCGGUGGAUGACAGCUGCGGCAAGGCGCAAUUCAACAAGGCCCGGCGGCAGCUGGUGGUCACGCUACCUGUGGCGCUGACCGCCACGCGCCCGGAGCCCGCCGCGACCCCGGAAGAGGGCGCCGACCGGCCCGGAACUGACGGCGCGCCCUGCGCUUCCGCUCACCAGGGUCAGGCGGGCCCGGCGGGGGUUGGUGGGGCGGACGGAGGCGCGGAUCCCAGCCGAACCGGGACUGCAGACGCCGGAAUCACCACCCCGGACGCCGACGGGGAGGAGCGCGUCUCAGAACCCGAGGAGCGGGAUUUCAGCGGGCAAGAGAGAUCAACAGCAGGCAUCCGGGAGGAGCCGCCUCCCGGAGCUGGAAACUCACCUGGGGACGGUGGCGGAGGCGCUCCUAGUACUUCAUCCGGGGACCUUGACAGGGGGUCUUCUGCAGGAAGAGUGAGUGCGCGCCGAACUCUCGGCGUGGAGGCGCUGGAGGCCCGGGAAGGCACCCCCAGGGAGCCAGCUGAUCGAGCCAUGGGUGCUCCCGGGACCGACCGCGGGGAACCUCUGUGUCCGCCUUUGCAGUGUAAUCAGGAUGAAGAAUCCCUGACUCUGCUCAUUCAAGUGCCUCGGAUCCAGCCUCAAAGUCUUCAAGGGGAAGUGACUCCCCUCUGGUACAAAUUGUCCUUCUCCACCCAAGACUUAGUUUAUUAUUCCUUCUUUUUGCAAUUUAGUCCAGGGAAUAAGCUGAAUACCAAAGAACCAGUGGUUAGCAUUUCUUCAAACAAUGCAGUGAUAGAACUGGCCAAAUCUCCAGAGUGCCAUGGACAGUGGAGAGAGUGGUAUUAUGGUUUAAACAACGAUUCUUUGGAGGAAAGGUUAUUUGUCAGUGAAGAAAACGUUAAUGAGUUUCUUGAAGAGGUCCUGAGCCCUCCAUUCAAACAGAUAAUGCCCCUAACCCCACCAUUAAUUGAAGUUCUUCAGGUUACUGAUAGUAAGAUUGAAAUACAUGCAAAGUUGCAAGAAUGUAGUAACUCUGAGCAGCUUCACAAGAAGGAAGAAAGAGUCAAUGAAGGAAGUCAUCUAACUGAAAAAGAAAGUCUAGAACAUGCUACUACCUCAGCUGAUUCCAAUUCAUCUGUAGCAGUCAAAGUACUAGAAACAGACAGUUGUGGUUCAGUUGCAUGCAUGCAACAAGGGGCCCUUGAUGUUUCUCAAAAGCCGUUUGCAAAGUCUCAGCAACCUGAGUCAAAAAUGGAACCUGAAUUUACAAAAGACAAAAGUGCUGUUCACUCAAAUGACGAAAAAGAUAAUUUAAAAGAACCAGUAAUAACUGAAGAGAAAGAAUUAGAUGGAGAUCACCCAUCUUCAUUACUGAACAAAAUUGCAGUUCACAAUACACCUGGUUUUGACAACAUAAAGGAAACCAAUAUGCAGGAUGGUAGUGUGCAGAUUAUUAAAGAUCAUGUGACUCAUUGCUCAUUCAGUUUUCAUAAUUCUUUGCUUUAUGACUUGGAUUAAUUCUGUGUCAUCUUAGAAUUUAAAGGUUGAGUAAAAACUUAUGGACUAAAAAUAGAUUCUGUUUACUAUCUUAAAACCAAAGGUAUUCAAGAAAGUAUAAAAUUAAAAUUUGCAAUUUUUAUUCUCAUGGGGAAACUGAAGCUAUUUUUUUGCAUGUAGAGAGUUUAUACAAAGCUUCCUUAAUUAUGGAAAUAAGUUUUGUGAUUCCUCUGAUGUAUAUUUUUUCUAAUAGUUAAACAUUUAGUUUUAAUACAACCUAUUUAUAUUUCUGUGUUGUUUUUGGCUUCUUUUGCAAUUACUUUAAUAAAGUUUCAAAAUAAAUAUUCAUUAAGUUGUGUCUGUCACAAAGUAAUUCUAAAGAAUGCAAUUAACUAGAAGCACACUAGAGUGCAUGUGUUGGGGGGAGGAGAAUCUCAAAACUACGCAUUUAUAAGUCUCACUAAAUAGGAUGUGCUUAUGCUUGUCAUAGAGAUUCUGAGAGGAAAGAACUUUACUAACCAAUAUUAAACGAUCCAAACAAUACAAAGACACUGAAAUUUAGUAUUUUUGCUUCAACUCUGUGUUUUACUCUUCUCAUAUGUAAGUCACCAUGUAUAUAUAUACGUCUGUAUACAUAUAUAAAUAACAGGUUAUUAACGACCUUGAAAAUUCAAAAUUUUAAAAGAAUUAUUUGGAAAUUAUUCAAACAUCCCUUGGUUUUAUAGAAUUAAUUUACAAAUUUUAGAACAGGACAAUUAAAAUGACCUAAGAAUUUGCUCCAAUAAGAAAACUGUCUUCAUUAUAUUAUUACAUGAAAACAACAACAAAAGCUAGUGUUUUCUAAUCAAUUUCUUUUAUAACACCUAAAAGAGGGCAGCAGAUAAUUUAUCUAACAGUGGCUAAGUUAUGAAUUUUGUGGCAUAGUAUUUUUAUUUGAGGCCAGGAGAAAAUCUCAAUAGAUUUUUUUUUUCCUCACAAAAAAUUUUAGGACAACAUGAAAGACAAUAUAGAAAGGAAAAUAUUUGUUGAUCUAAUCGCUGACCCCAAGGCCUUGAGCUGAUCUAUUUCUGUUCCAAAAACAGCUACUAAUUCAAACCUCUGGCCUUACCUUAGUCCUGGAAACUACUUAAUUUCUUUAGUCCUUUGAACUAGGGAGGUCAGGUCAGAGCACCAAAAACUGGUACAAAGCCUAGCAGUUCAUUCUGAUUUACAUUUAUAACCCCAGUAAAACCUGGAACCAGAGGGCUGAGGGCAGUAUAAAGGUAGCUCAUAAAGCAAGAGAACUAUUUGCUCCGUUGUAGAUGACCAUAUACAUUUUUCAACCAUAACAGGAAUCUUAAUUUGAUGGAAUAAUAGUUUUGAGACUGUCCAUUAGGUACACAGUUUUCUUAGAUUGAAAUAACUAUUGCAGUACCUACACAGAAAGUAGUCUAUCUUUGUGGUUGAAUACAAUUAUAUACUGUUAAGGGAAACUUCCAUGUUAAAUAUGGAGUAAAUUUUAAGCCUGCUUCCUAUUAUUUACUGUGUCUGUCCUUUUAAAAAGUAUGAUUUCUGUUAAAAUAAAGCUGGCACUAGAACAUGUUUCACUUUGGCAGGACUGAACUUUGUAUCAUUUCUGGCUGUACUUCACUUACACAGCAGCUUUUUACUGCUCAUUAUCUAUGCCUGACUAAUUUGAAAGCCAGUUUCUUCCAAAGGGAUGCACUGUCAAGAGCUGGGUUUUCUUUAUUUCAAACUCAGUUAUACAAUGUACAGAUAAUAUGUAAUGCUAACUUUAAACCUUGUAGAAUGUCUUUACUGGAUUCUGGUGUAAAAAUUUAUUCUGCAAAAUGAUUAGGAAUCUUUUUAUGCAAAAAUGAGUAUUUUAUUUUGGCAGCACUAAAAGAAAAAAAAAAAAAAACACUGUAUUUCUACAUUGAGGUGAAAACAGUGUUUAAACUUUCCUAUCAAAUACAUUCCAAAAGAAAGUGUGUUCUAUGAAGGUUCCAAAGCACAGGCAAAUCUUAACACAAUAAUACAGGAAUCUUUAAUACUGAAAAUGACUCUGUUCUGACAGGGUGUUUAACAAACAUAACUUUCGAGUUAUAAAACCAGUGAAGCAAUCCCUUCCUAGUAACUGUGUCAAGAGUGAAGCUGGGCUUGUUCCAUUAAUACUCUUAACAAUUUCAUUGUAAUACUUUUUACUAAUAUGACAAUUUAAAAUAAAUUUUGCUGUACUUAAAAGAAGUCUUGAAAGUGGAAAAGUGUACAAAGUUCCGGAUAAAAAGAUUAAUAGAUGCAAUUUAAAUAAAAUUUCCCCUCUUCUCGCUUAUCAAUUAACAAUAAUGAUUACCUUUAGCAGAUACACAUUGAGCUUUAAAACCCAAUUCUCAAAAUGAAAACUUGUGUUUUAAAUCUUAAUCAGACAUAAAAGGAAAAGAUUACUAUAUUGGGACACCUUUUACAAGAAUUCUGUUGUUGUAUUAAAGCAGAAACCAGUUCCUAAACCCUUUUAUUCAAUUGUAUAUUCUGUUUGGACAAAUAUCAAAAA